AUGGCUCUUCACCCAUUUGACCCCCUCACUCCUGCUGAACUUACCAAGGGUGUGGCUAUCCUCAAGGCUAACCACCCUGGCAAGCUUCUCCACAUCAAGACUGGUGAACGUUUGGAACCUCCCAAAGAGUACAUGAAGAAGUUUUUGGCUGCUGAGAGUGCUGGCACUCCCAUUGCCCCUCCCCCCAGAGUUGCCCACUUCAUGUACUAUAUUCUUGAGGAAAAGAAGGUCUCCGAACUUAAAGUCAACCUCGACACUGGUGCCAUUGACAGCUACGUCCAGCACCCCCGUGGUGUUCACCCUCCUAUUGACCCUUGGGAGGCUGAGCGUGCCGCUGAAGUUGUUUUGCCCUCUCCUGAGUUUGCUGAGGCCAUUGCCAAGUGUGGUCUUACCGAUAAGAUCGAGUGUGUUACCUUUGACGGUUGGAUGUAUGGCUCCAACGAGCGUGGUGAAGGCCGUCUCGGUAUCACUGACCGUUUCAUGAUGAUGCUCAUGUACUGCCGUGACCCCAAGACCAACCACCCUGACAGUAACAUGUACUCGUUCCCUCUCCCCUUUGUCCCCAUUUACGAUAUUUUGGAAGACAAGCUUGUGCGCAUUGACUGGUGCGCCACUGGCGGUGACGAGGAUGACAUCAAUGGCUUUGACUACAACACCCGCAAGGAUAUCAAGUGCACCACCGAUACCAACGUUGCUUGCGAGUACGACCCAUCGCUCCAGGAGAGCCUUCGUACUGACCUCAAGCCUCUGAAUGUGAUUCAGCCCGAGGGCCCCUCUUUUACUUUGAAUGGCAAUGAGAUUUCCUGGCAAAAGUGGAAGCUGAGAAUCACCUUUACUCCUCGUGAAGGUCUUGUUCUCCACAAUCUGACUUUUGAUGGCCGCCAGACCUUUUACCGUCUUGCUGUCGAGGAAAUGGCUGUCCCCUACUUUGACCCUCGUCCUCCUGCUUCCCGCAGAUGCGCUUUUGACUUUGGUGACUGCGGUGGUGGUAAGACUGCCAACGAGCUCGAGCUUGGCUGCGACUGCUUGGGCACUAUCAAGUACUUUGGUGGCUCGCUUGUCGACCCCAAGGGUAAUGUCUACACCAAGAAGAACACCAUUUGCGUUCACGAGCAGGAUGAUGGUAUUGCUAUGAAGCACACCAACUACCGCACCAACGUCCCCAUUGUCCAGCGUCGUCGUAUCCUUGUUAUCCAGACUAUUUUGACUGUCGGUAACUACGAGUACAUUUUCGCUUGGCACCUUGAUCAGGCUGCUGGCAUCAAGCUUGAGAUUCGUGCCACUGGUAUUGUCUCCACUACCUACCUUGAUCCUGGCAAGUUUAACAAGUACGGUACCGUUGUUUCUCCCUCGGUCUUUGCUGCUUCCCACCAGCACAUUUUCAAUGUCCGCAUUGAUCCUGCCGUUGACGGCCACGAAAAUACAGUUGCUUACUGCGACACCAUCCAGAGCCCCUGGGGUCCUAAGAACCCUGAUGGCCAGGCUGCCUACAACCAGGUCAACUAUGUCGAGAAGUCUACCUUUUUGGAUGUUGAUAUUCCCAAGAAUCGUUAUGUCAAGAUUUGCAACGAAAACAAGAAGAACACAAUCUCAGGCAACCCUGUUGCUUACAAGCUGCAUGCCGUCCCCACUGCCCUGCUCAUGGCUCGCCCUGGCUCUGUGGUCAAUGACCGUGCCCAGUUUGCUACACACGCCUUUUGGGUCACCAAGUACAAGGACCAGGAGUUCUACCCUGGUGGACCUUUCACCAACCAGUCUGCUGAUGAGGUUGGAGGUGUCAUGGAUGCUGUUCGCCGCAAAGAUGAUGUCCGCAAUACCGAUGUUGUCUUGUGGCACUCUUUUGGUCUGACACAUCACCCUCGUGUCGAGGACUUCCCUGUCAUGCCUGUUGAGAUGAUGUCUAUGAUGCUUACUCCUAAUGACUUCUUUGACAGAAAUCCUCUGCUUGACAUUCCUCCUUCUACUCAGAAGUUCAACAGAUCUGUUGAGGUUAUGGACUGCAGAAGCUGCAAGAUGUAA